GACAGGAAAUGCGUCACCACGCACGACCUUGACGUUCCGUUGUGGAAGAGGCCAGCAUGGCGAGUAAAGAUCCCGGCGGUUUCCUGCAGCAGCUGAGGCAGAUCGCAGGCAGGAUGUCCUCUGGUCCGCGGGGCGCAGGCCUGGGGGUCAAGCUGCUUAUUGGAGCGGGAGCGCUGGCUUAUGGAGUGAAGGAAGCUACGUACACAGUUGAAGGAGGACAGAGGGCCAUCAUCUUCAACAGGAUCGGCGGGAUACAGAAGGACACGGUGCUUGCUGAAGGACUACACUUCAGGAUACCAUGGUUCCAGUACCCCAUCAUCUAUGACAUCAGAGCCAAACCCAGGAAGAUUUCCUCUCUCACAGGAAGUAAAGACCUGCAGAUGGUGAAUAUCGCCCUGCGAGUUCUGUCGCGGCCGCUGGCGUCCAACCUGCCGACCAUGUACCAGCGGCUGGGGACGGACUACGACGAGCGGGUCCUCCCCUCCAUCGUUAAUGAGGUGCUGAAGAGCGUCGUGGCCAAAUUCAACGCCUCCCAGCUCAUCACUCAGCGAGCACAGGUGUCGCUGUUGAUUCGACGGGAACUGUUUGAACGAGCAAAGGACUUCAACAUCAUCUUGGACGAUGUCGCCAUCACCGAACUCAGCUUCAGCCGAGAGUACACCGCUGCUGUAGAGGCCAAACAAGUUGCCCAGCAGGAGGCGCAGAGGGCCCAGUUCUAUGUGGAGAAGGCUAAGCAGGACCAGAGACAGAAGAUCAUCCAGGCUGAAGGAGAAGCUGAAGCAGCCAAAAUGCUGGGCGAGGCCGUUACAAAGAACCCAGGCUACCUGAAACUCCGGAAGAUCCGGGCGGCCCAAAACAUCGCCAAAACGGUGGCGCAGUCGCAGAAUAAGGUGUAUCUGAGUGCAGAAAACCUUGUGCUUAAUCUCCAGGACAACAACAGCUUCAACAAUUUGAGGUUGAUGAAGUAAGGGGAAGUUGAUGAGAAGAAGGAUCAUUCCGUUUGUCCAGUCGGUUCCUCAUCUGCAGAUUAAACAUGGCUUCUCAAACCGCCCACAGUUCUGACCACUCAACCUCUCGCCGGCCUCUCUGGACCUCCCGACACAUCAGGUUUCACAUCUCAACCACUUCUCUAUGUACAACACCGCAAAGGGCAGGAAACUAGCUUUUAACAUCCCCAGUCGCACUGUUUUACCAGCCGUGAUGACUUUCAGGGUUAAAAAGGUUCCGGCGGUGCUGCGUGCCGCCAAAGCCAACAGACUCGCCAGCCUGCGACCGGGAAGCUGAAGGAGACUAGCUGGUUAGCUUCCCUCUCUGCUUACGUCUCGUGUCGUUUACACUCGGUAAGAGUCAGUUGAAUAAAGUAUCUUGGCAGAAAACCUGUGUAUGCGGAGGUCCGUCCCAACCAGAGAACUUUAGUUCAUGCACACAGUCCGUCUAAACGGUCUGUCAACACAAAGCCACGGGUGUAGAAUAGCUAGAGAGACCCAAUGACUUCCUAUUCGGUCCAUCCCCUCAGCAUCCAACCAAGACCUGAAGGAAGAGACCUUCUCAUCUCCACAGUUCAGCAUCGCACAAGUACUGUGUUGUGCCCACACUGGACCUACACUGGUACAGUACCAGUACCUUCUGGUUUGACUUCAGCGACAUCCUUACCACAUACCAGAUUAGCUUGGCUUGACCAGCAGCCUUCUAGAAGUAGCCAGUAUGGGCACAACAUGGUACUUGGAUGCAGCGGGACCAGCGUUUUCCAAGCGGCCGUCUGUUCUCUUAUAGCAGCGCUGCAGCGCUUGUUGUGCUUCUACCAGUCCAUCAGUGAGUUUCCUUCAGCCGUGCCUGCGUUGUAGACUGGACCGUCACCCUCUGGGGCUAGUUAACACCAAGGAGAAUUCAUAUCGAGUGUUUAAACGGCGAAGUUGUGGAUGCCUCCGACUGCAUAACAGUGUACACCAUGUACGAGAUGGUCAUUAUUCCCUGGAACUUUACAGUGUUUUGUUUUUUGUAAUUGUGUUGUUUAAGUCACAUGUCUGUGUCCCUGCCUGUCUCUGAAUGAGCCCUGGCUGAAAUUUGACAUCUAAAGCCGAUAAAAUCAAGCACUCGGAAUAGAAUUUGAUUUCAAUAAAAUUGUUUUUUUUUUGUUUUUGAGAACUUCAACGCAUCUAUGGGUUUUCUUCUCUAGGUCUGUCACAUGGGCGUCUUCUCAAUGUUGUCAUUUUGUAAUGGAGAGUAUUUCCAGUGGACUGAUGGGUGGGUUUCUGGGUUUUGGCGUAAAUCACCAGCGACGUCUGCGGGGGGUCUGGUGAAUACAUGCAGGGUGAUCUUUACCUGAUGCUUUGUGGUUUCAGACAUGUUACGCUUGUCACUCCUUCCCUGAUCUUUACUGAAACGUUAACGUGUCAUAAUGCAUCAUAAACCCAAUCAUGAGUCAGUGCAACGCCUGUUUUCAUGGUUUACCCCAGCUUCAAACUAUUUCCCCAGCAACUUCCUUACUCGCAGGUGCCAAUAAAGGUCUGAGAAGUGUCAUGUAAAAGUGUAACGCUGGCUCGCGUGUGCU